ACUUCAGGAUCGAGACCCCGGUUUUUGUUUUAGAGCACGCGCCAACACUUGAUGGGCGUCAUAGCUACGUACAGUUAAAGAAUUCUUAAACGCCAACCUUUCCUCUACAUUAGUAGUUUGGUCGAGGUUCAAUUUUUCCCUCCCCAACCAGAGACUGAACCAUACAGCGCCUCCGAGAGGCCUGCUUUUCAGUCGAAAACAUGGGAAAGUCCACUUUACGACGCCGGAAUGGCCAAGAUGCGACAAAUAACGAUAGCGCCGACGCUGACGACACUCCGAGAGAAGAAAGCCCAACGGCUGAGCCGACCACACACGUUCGAGUUGUUCAACACGCCGUGCCCAGAACCCGAAAACGCCGCAACACCUUCGUCUUCUUCCUUGGUAGUUUGUUUGGAAUUAUAGCCGCCGGAUUUUUCGCUUCCAGCAAUGAUCUUAUUGACCUCCCCGAGUUUACCGACUUGUCGAUGGAUAACUUGAUGGAUGUUCUACCUGCCGGCUUGAUAAAGGACAUGCGCGACCUUGUUCAGGGCGAGCGGGACAUUGCCGAAUCGUACGAGCCAUUCUCUGUUGGCGAAAAGGCUCGAUCCGAGGGUCUAGGAGUUCACCAUCCUAUGAUCAUGAUACCUGGUGUUAUCUCAACUGGACUCGAAUCGUGGGGUACGGCUAAUAUCUCGAAACCCUACUUUAGAAAACGACUUUGGGGUAGUUGGACAAUGAUGAGAGCUCUGGUUAUGGACAAGGAGGUUUGGAAGAAGCACGUCAUGCUCGACAAGAGGACGGGCCUUGACCCGCCUGACGUAAAGUUGAGGGCUGCCCAAGGGUUCGAUGCGACCGAUUUCUUCAUCACGGGAUAUUGGAUCUGGAGCAAAAUCUUUGAGAAUCUCGCAUCCAUCGGCUACGACCCAACGAACUCGUUCACGGCUGCUUACGAUUGGCGCUUGUCGUAUCCCAACCUUGAGGUACGGGACCGCUACUUCACUCGGCUAAAGUCGCAUAUCGAAAUCGCGGUGGCCACUGAGGACAAAAAAGUCGUCCUCGCAUCACACAGUAUGGGGAGCCAAGUCCUUUACUAUUUUCUCCACUGGGUGCAGUCAGAAAGAGGCGGACGCGGUGGGCCGGAUUGGGUUGAGCGUCACAUUGACGCCUGGAUCAACAUCAGCGGAUGCAUGCUUGGAGCAGUCAAGGAUUUGACCGCUGUGCUCUCCGGCGAGAUGCGCGACACAGCUCAACUGAACCCGUUCGCUAUUUACGGCCUGGAAAAGUUCUUGAGUAAAGAGGAGAGAGCCGAGAUCUUUCGCGGCAUGCCCGGGAUAUCCUCCAUGUUGCCCAUCGGCGGCAACUCUGUAUGGGGUAACUUGACCUGGGCUCCAGACGACUUGCCAGGCCAGAACCGUUCAUAUGGAUCUCUCUUGAACUUUAGGGUCGGUUCGAACUGGACAACUCCUGAUCGUAACUUUACCGUCGAGGAAGGUGUGUCCUAUUUGCUUAACACAACGGAGGACUGGUAUCAAGACCAGAUCAAGGGCAGUUAUUCUCGGGGCAUUGCUCAUUCCAUAGAUGAGGUCGAAGCCAAUGAGAAUGACCCCAAGAAGUGGAUCAAUCCUCUCGAGACGCGAUUGCCACUUGCUCCUAGCCUCAAGAUCUACUGCUUUUAUGGUGUUGGAAAACCGACCGAGCGAGGGUACUUCUAUAAGCCACCGGAUCAGCCAUCAUUGACCAACCUCAACAUCACAAUAGAUACGGGCUAUACCGAAGGAGACGUAGAUCAUGGCGUUGUCAUGGGCGAGGGAGAUGGUACCGUGAACCUCCUCAGUACAGGCUACAUGUGUAAUCAUGGCUGGAAUAUGAAACGCUACAACCCAGCAGGCGUCAAGGUUACAGUUGUCGAGAUGCCUCACGAGCCGGACCGCUUCAAUCCUCGAGGAGGGCCUCGCACGGCCGACCACGUUGACAUCUUGGGGCGAUACAACCUGAACGAGUUGCUGUUACGAGUAGCGAGCGGCAAAGGUGACACGAUUACGAACUAUGUUGUGAGCAACAUCAAAGAAUAUGCAUCCAGGGUUAAGAUUUACGAUGAUGAGGAGACUUCAUAGAACAGGCGCCUCAAAACGCUGAUAGCGCCGCUGGAGUUAGUGGAACUGGUUAUAUUGGUCACUGCAAUCGUUUCCAUGGUAUGGUGUUUGGGAGUCCCCACGAUAGACUUGUUCUUAAAACUCUUGCUUGUAUCCAUGAUACCCUUAAAGGUGUGGAAACACCCUGAUCCAAGAUGGAUCCCGUGAAAGGCACUCGGAGUAUAUAUGAGUUUGGAAUAUUAAUAGCAUUUGCAUGCAUACUGUGAUAGUUUAGGAAAUUACGAGGUUGUUGCCUUCAACUGUGGAAUGCUGUGC